CAAGCUGAGAGAAGAAAACGGGCCAAAGAAGCAAAGGAAGAAUUUCCAAAGUUACUUGCUGAAUGCGAACUCAAUGGACGGUCAUCGUAUUCUUCAUUCACUUCAAAGUUCGGAAAAGACCCUCGUUACAAAGCAGUUGAAAGAAAUCGUGAUAGAGAAGAUGCUUUCAACGAUUUUGUCGGCGAAUUGCAUAAGAAGGAAAAAGACGAGAAACGUGCUAAGAAAGAAAAACUGAAAGCAGCUUUUGUGAAACUUUUGGAAGAGCAGACUGGUCUCACGCGCAAAUCUAAAUGGUCAACCACGAAGAAAACACUUGAAGAUGAAGAAAGAUACAUUGCUCUCGAUAGUAGUUCUACCAGAGAAUCUCUGUUCCGAGAAUUUGUGGCGAAUCUUGGAGAUGAAACAGCAUCGGAUAUCGAAGAAGAGCAGGAACGUGAGAAGCGUCUUGCUGCUCAAACGGCCAUUGCAAACCGUCAGAAAGAAGUUGAAGCCGAACUUGGUAAUCAACUGCGAGAGCGCACAAAAGAAAGUGAGAAACAAAAGAUGGGCGAACACGAGGAUACCUACCGAAAUCUUCUAAUCGAUCUGAUAAAAUCUACCGAAAACAGUUGGCACGAGGCUCGACGCAUUCUUCGAAAAGAUGAACGCUAUGCAAAUUGUGAUAUGUUGGAUAAAACUCGCAAAGAGUCGCUCUUUGAUGAUCAUAUCAAAAGUUUGGAAAGAAAGCGUCGUGAGGCUUUCUUCCAAGUUCUAGAUAAUCAUGAGAAGAUCACACCAAUGAUGCGCUGGAGAGACGCUAAAAAAAUCAUUCAAGACGAGGAAGAGACUUUCGUAAAAAUUGCUAGCAACUCGGAGAGGAAAGUUGAGAGAGAUUUCCGAGAUUGGCAGGAGAGACGGCACGAUCACCUUACUGAUGAAUUCAAGGAGAUGCUUUCUGAGACAAAAAUCAUCACGCAUAAGUCGAAAAAAUUGAUGGAAGAAGGUGAACAGCACAUGAAGGAUAUUUUGUCAGUUCUCGAAAACGAUAAGAGAUGGGUGCGGAUGACUGCUAUGAGUGCAUCAGAACGGGAUCGUAUGCUAGAAGAUCAUAUUGAAAACUUGGGCCGCAAAGGAACACCGCCUCCACCAACACAACAAGAGCGGGAUCGCAGAAAGCAAUAA